CACACUGUCACUUGUCCGGCUUUGCUCUGCGCUUCACUGGGAAUUGAUUCUAUAGUGGCUACAUUCGUACACGUGAUGGGUUGUUAACACGCGUCAUCAGACCGCUGGCUCUUGCAUGUUGCAUAUUUAACCGGAGUGGAGCUGUCAGUUUAGUAAAUAGAAAAAUAAAACAAACUAACAAACAAAGCGUAUCGAACAGAAAGAGAACCAUCAGUAUUCGGUCUUCCACACAUUUAGAAUAGGUAUCGGUUGUUUGAUUGAGCCAUUUCAUUGAGCAAUUUUGUUAGCCUACUUACAACAAUUAACGGAACAUGGCUGGUGUAAUGGCAGGUUUUGGUAACUUCACUCACGCUAUUGUUCGAGCUGUCCCCUCGUCUCUUGCCAAAGAGGCACUGAGGAUGAACGUUUCGGACGUGGACCUGGUGAAAGCUCAACGGGAACAUGAGGUAUACAUCGGCGUUCUGAAGCACAAACUCGGACUGGAGGUGAUCGAACUCCCCGCAGACGAGUCGCUCCCGGACUGCGUGUUCGUGGAGGACGCGGCCGUAGUUUGCGGUGACACUGCUCUGAUUACCAGACCCGGGGCAGAGAGCAGAAGGAAAGAGACUGAGGCUAUGCGACAAGCUCUGAAAGAGUUGGACCUGAACAUCGUUGACAUGUCAGACCAGAAUGCCACUUUGGAUGGAGGAGACGUCCUCUUUACCGGUAGAGAGUUCUUUGUGGGACUUUCCAAACGGACCAAUCAGAGAGGUGCUGAGAUUUUGGCUGACGCAUUUAAGGACUAUGCUGUGUCCACUGUUCCUGUCACUGAUGGUCUGCACCUGAAAAGCUUCUGCAGCAUGGGUGGACCAGGCCUCAUUGUGAUUGGCUCCAGCGAACCGGCCCAGAAAGCCUUGAAGAUCAUGCAGCAGAUGAGUGACCAUCGCUAUGAUAAGCUGACGGUGCCUGAUGACCUUGCUGCCAACACCAUUUACAUGAACCUCCCCAACAAGGGCCACGUACUGCUACACUGCACCCCAGACGAGUUUCCAGACAGUGCCAAGGUGUUUGAGAAGCUGAAAGACCACAUGUUGAUCCCAGUGUCAAACAUGGAGAAGGCCAAGGUGGAUGGAGCCCUGACCUGCUGCUCCAUUCUGAUCAACAAGAAAGCCAAAGUCUGAUCAUUAGGGGUCCCUCAGGCACACCUGGGUUCAAAUACAACUUGAAAUUGUGACAUCCUUUGAUGUGCCAAGUGGGCUUGGUUUUAUUAUGCCAGGCUAGCCAAAAUUAGUAAAGACACAAGUAGUUCACAUGAAUUAAAAUCUACAUUUAAAAUGUAUCCCAAGUGAAAAUAAUUAUAAAAUAAAUAUAUUUUUAAAUACA